AUGGAGGCCCCUCCCUUACCGCCAGACUUUAGCUGGAAGACCCUUCCCCGACAAUGGCCAUUAAAUUCGUCUAUGAUCCCACUACCGACCGGGCCACCUGCCGAUAUUCCGCGCAUUCAGCACAAACCAACCAAGGAAACCCCAGUAGAAAGAUUCAAGAGACAAAAGAGGUUGGCAGCUGUUAAGAACAGCUUCAAACAUUCGUGGAAUGGUUACAAGAAAAAUGCUUGGUUGCAAGAUGAAGUCCAGCCGCUGUCUGGAGGAUAUAAGAACGGUUUUGGAGGUUGGGGAGCAACGCUGGUCGACUCCCUUGACACUCUUUGGAUUAUGGACAUGAAGAAGGAAUUUGAACAGGCUGUCGAUGCAUUGAAGCACCUUGAUUUCACCAUGUCUCCGUCACAGUCGAUCAGUGUGUUCGAGACCACAAUUCGCUAUGUUGGUGGUCUUCUAAGUGCAUACGAUUUGAGUGAGGAAAGGUACCCUAUCUUGUUAGAGAAGGCGAUCCAACUUGGCGACAUGUUGUACGCCUCGUUUGACACUCCAAACAAUAUGCCGGUCGUUGGACAUUGGAACUGGUUGAAAGCGGCUAAAGGAGACCUGCAAUCGGCACCUUCCAAUGCACUUUCUGCCGACAUAGGGUCACUUUCGCUUGAGUUCACCAGACUCACGCAGCUUACUGGAGACCCCAAGUAUUACGAUGCUAUUCAGAGGAUCAUGAAUGCUUUCGAGGCCUCUCAGGAUACCACGAGACUUCCUGGAAUGUGGCCAGUCUCAUUGGAUGCUCGUAAACUGGAUUUCACCAACGAUAGAGUAUUCACGCUUGGUGCCAUGGCCGACUCGCUUUACGAAUAUUUCCCCAAGCAAUACCUUCUGCUUAAUGGCAGAGACAAGCAAACUCAACAUAUGUAUGAGAAGAGUAUGGCUGUUGCAAAAGAGCAUCUUUUCUACAGACCACUCAACCCUCAGAACCUGGACCUUCUCAUUUCCGGUUCCGUCAGACAAAUCGGCGCCGGCUACGAUCGCAAGAGUGAAGGUCAACAUCUGACCUGCUUCGUUGGAGGCAUGGUCGGUCUGGGCGCGAUGAUCUUUGAUACACCAGAAGACUUAGAUACAGCACGACAGCUUACCGACGGUUGCGUUUGGGCUUACGAGUCAACACCUAGUGGCAUGAUGCCCGAGAUCUUCGAGGCCAUUCCUUGUACAGAUGAUGAGGAUUGUAAAUGGUCCGAAGAGAGAUGGUACAAAGGCCUUGUGAUGGCUGUCCACCGAGUCAUCAACACUAGCACAAGAUCGCUGAAAGAGCAGGCUCAAGCGAUCAUCGACAAAGGAAGGCUCCCGCUCGGUUUUGCAAAGGUUGUCGACUCUCGCUACUACCUCCGCCCAGAGGCUAUUGAGUCAGUGUUCUAUAUGUACAGAAUUACUGGCGACAAGGCAUGGCAAGAUAAGGCCUGGAAAAUGUUCCAAGCUAUCGACUCGCAUGCAAGGACCGAUAUUGCAUAUGCAGUCGUCCAAGAUGUGCGAGAUGAACAGUCUCAGCUUACCGACACCAUGGAGAGCUUCUGGACUGGAGAGACGUUAAAAUACUUUUACCUCAUAUUCAGCGAUCCGGAUCUUGUCAGUCUAGACGAAUUCGUCCUGAACACAGAGGCUCAUCCUUUGCGAAGACCGUCGACCUGA